AUGGCGGACACGCUUGCGCUGAGCAUGCUCUUAAAAGGCCUAUUUUUUCCCUCAAAUAACCCAAACUAUCCGCAUAAAGUUGAAAAGCGUCAAUUGUGGUUGAAAGCAGUGAAAAAAUUUGAAGCGGACGGAUCACCUUGGACUCCACAAAAACGGAGUAGAAUUUGUAGUUAUCAUUUUGCUGGAUGUAAAAAGUCAGAUCAUCCAGAAAGUCCAAGUUACAUUCCUACUGUAUUUGAUUGCUCAAAAAAAACAAUGCAAAAAGCUACGUCUUCAGUUAAUCGGUUCCAAAGACGUAUAAAAAGGAGUACGAUAAAUUCAAGUAUCUGUAAUUCAAAUAUUAAAGAAUCAAAAGCAUCAAAGGCUCGACAGUUAUUAAAAAAUUUAAAUUUCCAAGAUGAAAAUCUCCAAGAUGAAAAUUCUACUCCUGUUAACCAAACAACUUGUGAUGCAGAAACCGGCAAAGUAUCAAUGGAAGAUCGUCUUUUCAUUUUUUUAGUGAAAAUGAGAACUGGUUUAACAUUCACAGCAUUAGGUGCUUUAUUCAGACUGCAUCGAACUACAAUAUCAACUAUUUUCACCGACACUCUGGUAUAUUUAGCUGGUUCAUGCAGAAAUUUUGUUUCGUGGCCAUCUAAGGAGACAAUUCGUGCAAUGAUGCCCGACGUUUUCAAGGACUCGUACAAAAAUUGCCGUGUAAUCAUUGAUUGUACGGAGUUCCAUGUUGAACAGCCAUCAAAAAUUAAACACCGAGUCCAGUUCUAUUCUCGAUACAAAAAAGGAUUCCGCUUGAAAGUUCUAGUCGGUUGUACUCCGUCUGGAUAUAUAUCUUUUAUUUCACGCUGUUAUGGUGGUAAAUCUACGGAUUCACAAAUAACAAGUACUUGUGGUUUUUUGGACUUGCUCGAACCUGGUGACUUGGUACUCGCUGAUAAAGGGUUCCCCCAAAUUAAAACUGUCCUUGAUGAAGACGGGAAAGGAAUAUUAAUGGUUAUGCCACCUUUUUUAUACAAUAAAACAUUUACAGCAGAACAGGUAGAAGAAACAUAUCAAGUUGCAAGUGUGAGAAUUCAUAUUGAAAGAGUUAUGCAAAGGAUUCGCACGUACAAAAUCGUAGAUAAAUUUACAAUCGAUUUGCUACCUUAUAGUGAUGCUAUAGUGUUCAUGUGCUGCGUUUUAGUUAACUUACAACCACCUAUAAUUAAAGUCAAUGAAACUAAGGAAAGCAAAGAUAAUUUAAUCAGACUUUCAAAUAGUAAUGAAAAUAAAAAAGCUUUAGCUUUGGAAUAA